GUUUGUUAGUUAUAUUUUGGACGCUUGGAUCGUCAGACUAGGCGCUCGUUCAACAUGCUGUGGGAGUUCUUGGCCCUAUUUGCGAUCGCUACCGCCUUGUUCUACCGCUGGGCGUCCGCCAACAAUGAUUUCUUCAAGGAUAGGGGCAUCGCCUAUGAAAAGCCAGUGCUCUACUUGGGCAACAUGGCCGGCAUGUUCCUACGGAAGAGAGCCAUGCUGGACAUAGUCUGUGAUCUCUACACCAAAGGCGGAAGUGGCAAAUUUUUUGGUAUCUUCGCGCAGCGACAACCACUUUUAAUGGUCCGCGACCCAGAUCUUAUCAAGCAGAUAACCAUAAAGGACUUCGAUCACUUUAUCAAUCAUCGCAAUGAGUUUGACACCAGCAGCGAUGAUGAUCCACACGACAUGAGUAAUCUUUUCAGCAGCUCGCUGUUCUCCAUGCGAGAUGCUCGGUGGAAGGAUAUGCGAAGCACUCUGAGUCCGGCAUUUACAGGCAGCAAAAUGCGUCAGAUGUUCCAGCUGAUGAACCAGGUGGCCAAGGAGGCCGUGGACUGUCUUAAGCAGGAUGAUUCAAGGGUUCAGGAGAAUGAACUGGACAUGAAGGACUACUGCACACGAUUCACCAACGAUGUGAUCGCCUCGACAGCCUUUGGACUGCAAGUGAACUCGUUCAAGGAUCGCGAAAAUACCUUCUAUCAGAUGGGAAAAAAGUUGACCACAUUUACAUUCCUGCAGAACAUGAAGUUCAUCUUGUUAUUCGCAUUGAAGAGUCUUAAUAAGAUCCUUAAGGUCGAGAUUUUCGAUAGGAAAAGCACUCAGUAUUUCGUGCGUCUGGUGCUCGAUGCUAUGAAAUACCGACAGGAGCACAAUAUUGUACGUCCCGACAUGAUAAACAUGCUGAUGGAGGCUCGUGGUAUCAUCCAGACGGAGAAGACCAAGGCAUCUGCCGUUCGCGAGUGGAGCGAUCGCGACAUUGUCGCCCAGUGUUUCGUGUUCUUCUUUGCUGGCUUCGAGACUUCGGCGGUGCUGAUGUGCUUCACCGCUCACGAGCUAAUGGAGAACCAGGAUGUGCAGCAGAGGCUAUACGAGGAGGUACAGCAAGUGGACCAAGACCUGGAGGGCAAGGAACUGAAGUAUCUGGAUCAGGUCGUCAGCGAGGUUCUGCGAAAGUGGCCGCCGGCAAUUGCCUUCGAUCGGGAAUGCAACAAGGAAGCAAAGGCUGUUAUCUACUAUCUUUUGAAGGACUACCGCUUUGCCCCUGCCAAGAAAUCCUGCAUUCCACUAGAGCUCAUUAGUUCCGGAUUUCAGUUGUCACCCAAAGGCGGCUUUUGGAUUAAACUUGUUCAAAGGAACUAAUCUUAUAAACGAUCGAAAUAAUAAUCUGUUUUGUUGAAUGUUAUGCAUUUAAGAAGUUGACAUUAUUAAAUUUAAUCAAUUUAUGGUAAUAUCUUCCUUUUUGUGCAGGAUUUGUUUUUAAUGUAUACCAGAAAUGAUAUAAAGAUAUCAUAUACUUUUGUUCACUGUAAAUAGUGUGAUAAGUUAAUUUUGAAUAUUGUAUUCUAUAUAAAAUAGAUGCUUUCAAACUGCAUUUUCCGAAAUUGUCUGCAUUUACGCUACUUUCGUACCUUUCAAUUGAUUUGAUAGAAUGCAAACGUAGAGCCCUAUGUAAAUGUACAAAAAUGUGACAUGUAUGGAAUGAUGAAUAGUAUUAUUUUCAUGUACAGGAGUCACUAGGUCUUAAUAGCACACUGUUUUUAAAUAAAAUCUAUUCCUAGUUUUACCCCAUCCAAAUAAUUAUUCGGUUUUUUUUUUUAUAAAAUAAUGUAUUCCUACAAACAUUCUUGCAUGUCCUACUUAGCUAUAUUCUUGAUUUUCUUGGUUGCAAUUAUUGAGGUUUUCUGUAUUACGAUUUUUAAGUUAUUCACAAAGUGCAAAUUAUUCUAGUUAGGCUUGCAUAUCGUUGCAUUUUCUUGUGAUUGGUGUUGGUUUAAAUUGGUAUAAAUAAAUAUAGAUGAAGAAAAAAUGUCCAUUUGAUGAAG